AUGAAACUGCUUUCUAGAAAUGAACCCAUACUAGCAGGCAGUAGUAUUUCUUCCCUGAGCCCCUUCAUAGAUGAGCAUGGUAUUCUUCGAGUUGGAGGGCGCAGAAGUAAAGCAGAGAUUUCAAGCAACAUAAAACAUCCAGCAAUUAUACCAAAAAAGUCACAUGUAGCCUCAUUGCUAGUGAGAUAUUUUCACGAAAAAGCCCAGCAUCAAGGAAGGCUCAUUACAGAAGCUACAUUAAGAAACAACGGUUUCUGGGUCAUUGGAGCAAAGAGACUUGUCUCAAGUGUAAUUCAUAAAUGUGUUGUCUGCAGAAAACUUAGAGGGAAAUUCCAAGGGCAAAGAAUGGCUGACCUACCUUCGGACAGAGUAACCCCAGGGGCUCCUUUCACUGUAGUUGGCGUAGAUGUGUCUGGGCCAUGUAACAUUGUGGCACGUAAGACGGGAGGCGGACUUGCAGAGAGCAAAAGAUGGGCCGUACUUUUCACAUGUCUUGGCACGAGGGCAGUUCAUAUUGAAGUCAUAGAAGAUAUGAGUAGUUCUGCCUUCAUAAACGCUUUAAGACGAUUCCUUGCCAUACGAGGCCCUGUCAAGGAAUUCCGUUCGGAUCGGGAAACAAAUUUCGUUGGAGCUCUUGAGGACAUACAAGCAAAAGGCAUCUGCGUAGAAGCCGGUCCGGUGAAGACACACCUACAAGACUCGAAGAUUGUCUGGAAAUUCAAUCCCCCACAUGCAUCGCACAUGGAUGGUGUUUGGUAG